AUGUCUAAUCUAAAGUCUUCAAUAACAGUAGGGAUAUUUUAAUCACUAAGCUUUUGUGGUUUAAGAUAAAAAAUAUUAAAAAACAUUGCCUUUUAACCACCAAAGGUGAGUUAUGCUUUAAAAUAAAGAAUGGAAGAUAAUACAACUUAAAGCACAAAUAAAAAUUCUUGCUCACUUUAAUAAAUUGAAUAUGAAUCAGACAUUAGAUAGAAAUCUAAAUCCUAUGAUGAUGAAAAUAUAAACUCAUUAGGGUUAUUAGAUUUAGCAGAUGAGCUUAUGCAAUUUUCUAGUGGAGGUACUAGUCCAACACGCGAAGAGUAAUAGUCAAAUUUAAUUUAAUAAGUCCUAUAUAUCCGUCUCAUGAUUUUUAUUUAAUUGAUGAACAUGGAAAAGAGAUAAUCAUUCCAAAGCAAGAUAAUUUAGAAUUAACUGGAUAUUUUUUAAAGGGCAGAAAAGGACAUAGGAUAGCAUCCCUUUAUGUUAAAAGUGCUUUUCCUAUAAGUGAUAUGGUGAUAUUGUUUAGUCAUGGAAAUGCAAGUGAUUUGGGUUAUAUGAUUGAUACAUUAAUUGGUAACUUGUAAUUAUUAAAUACUAGAUUUAUGUACUAACCUAAGAAUUAAUGUCUUUGCUUAUGAAUAUUCAGGUUAUGGAUUAUCAUAAGGAAAAUGCACAGAUCUCAAUAUUAUCAAUAAUAUUUAGGUGGCUUAUGAUUUUUUGGUCUCUUAAUUAAAAUUUGAUCCUACUAAAAUAAUUGUUUAUGGUUAUAGUAUAGGAUCUGGACCAAGUGUUAUGCUAGUUUCUGAUAAUGAAUUUCCAGUUGGUGGCUUAGUUGUUCAUUCUGGUUUAAGUUCUGGAUUGAGAGUUCUGAAUAAUAAAUUGAAAUCAACUCCAUUUUAUGAUAUUUUUCCAAAUGUUGACAGAAUUAAAAAUGUUACAUGUCCAGUUUUCAUUAUGCAUGGAUUGGAAGAUGAAAUAAUAGAUUUUACAUAGGCAAAAUUAUUAGCAAAUAAUUGUUAAAGACUAUAUGAAUAUUGGGAAGUAGAAAACAUUGGACAUUCAGGUAUUGAUACUAAUGCUGAACAUAGAAAGAACUAUUUUUAUAAAUUAAGAGAUUUUAUCAAAUGUAAAUAUAUUAAAUAAAUUAAAGUGAUAUAAUAGGAAAAUUAAACAAUCAAAGAAUUAAAGCAGAGAAAUACUGCAAGUCCUAAAAAUAAUAGAUCAUAUAAUCAUUAUUAUGAUAACAAACUCAGAGAUUUUCAUUUAAUUUGCAAAAAAAUAGAAGAUUCAGAUUCCAUACAGAAAAAAGGAUGA